AUGCCGUCUGAAAUUCACUCGGACAACGGGACAAAUUUUCAAGGAGCGAACAACACUCUGCUCGAACUGUACCACCUCUUCGACAACAAACGCACCCAGGAAGCUAUAACUAACGAAUGCAGCCAGCACCGAAUCCAGUGGCACUUCAUCCCACCACGGGCCCCUUCUUUCGGCGGCCUAUGGGAGGCUGCAGUGAAAACCGCGAAAACAUCACUGGCAAAAAUUCUCGGCAGCACCCAGCUCUCCUUUAAGGUUUACGCGACCGUGCUUUCCCAGAUCGAGGCCAACAUGAAUAGCCGUCCGCUGACAUCGCUAUCGAACGAUCCUUCGGAGCUAGACGUUCUCACUCCCGGUCAUUUCAUCAUCGGAUCGCCACUUAGCCUACCGGAGCCGAAUUACACAAACAUCCCCUCCAAUCGGCUCGACCACUACCAGCAGCUGCAAAAACUCAUCAAACAACAUUGGGACCGGUGA